AUGAUUGGCGUCAGCAACAUUACUAAUCGAAUGGAUCCAAUUAGCUUGAAGUCUCGGGUGUUUGUUGGGAAUCUUAACACACUUCAUAUUCAAAAGCCCGAGCUGGAAGCCAUUUUUUUGAAAUACGGUAAUAUAAUUGGCAUUUCGGUACAUAAGGGCUAUGCCUUUGUCCAAUAUGCUCACGAAAUGCAUGCACGGUUAGCAGUGCGUGGGGAGGAUGGAAAGACUUACUAUGGCAUGGAGCUAGACGUUACCAUAGCGUCUGAACCCAAAAACCGCAAGCGUGGGCGUCCUAAUGCUGGAAAUACUUUUUGUAAUCAACCCAACCUGGUCGAACUAGCCCUGCAAAAUCAAGCACUAGCUGCCAUUGGUGGUCAGUUUUCACAGCUGGGUUUUAUGAAUCAUCACCAGCAGUAUCGCUACAACAACAGCAGUACUAACAGUCCUUCUACAGUUGGCUUUAAUAUGCCCGGUAUUUUUGGCAAUCCUUUAUUAAACACUGCUCCGAAAAUGCCGAAGUUGUCGUUCGCAACCUCGUCGCGUCAACCACACCAUCGUCGUAUUUCGCAUCCGCAGUCGUCGGCCUCUACUGCAAAAAGAACUCGAUUAGAGAAUCCUCAGGUUGGGCCUUCUUCUACGGGCAGCAAUAGAUCAACAAACCUCGUACCUUUGAUAGCAUCGAAACGGGGAAGCAUCUCCCCUAAGUCCACUGCCUCUGGCGAAUCCUCGUCAUCUGUUUCUAAAAAAAGAAAUAAUGCCAAUGAUUCAGUCAUCUCUGACAAGCUCUCUGGCAUGACAGUUGACAAUGGCUUUGAUUUGCAAUCAAUUACAUCAAGUGAGGGUGAGGAUACAACACGUGUUCCCACUUCUGCGACAGCGGCAGCAUCACCAUCAACGGCGACGACGACAACGACGACAAUUUCUGUUACACCGACUGCUGCUGCUACUACUGCUGCCGCCUCGUCUUCCUCCUCCUGCAUUGGCGAGGACAUCCUCAUUUGUGGUCAGUGUCGGCGCCUCUUUGAUUGCGUCGACGCGCUUGUUGCGCACAAAUCGACCGGCUGCUGCUCUCUUGAUGCUAUUGCUAUUGCCGCUGCUGCCUCUACACCCCAGUGUCGCUGCAAGAUGGCUGGCGAACCGGAUAGCAUGGACUGCGCCUACUGUGGGGAGGAGUUUCACAGCGCCUGGGAGCUUGUCUCUCACUGCCAGUCGUUGCAUAAGUUGACCAUUUUCACCCUUUCCACAACAAAAUCGCCUUCUUCAUCGAUGAAAGAAGAGGAUGAGGCAGAUCCACCCAGCCCUCAGCAACCAGAAAUCGGGGAGGAGGAAAAUCGCAAAGUGAAGGAGGAGAGAAUCGAACAGCCCUCAAGGAAUGAGGAGAGUAAUGCGCAAUCCGAUGAAGACUAUGAAGAUGUUGACGGAAUAGGCACCGUUGAUAGCAGCAGAGAUGUUAAAAUUCCAAUUUGA